AUGGCCGCGCCGAGCCCGGGGCCCCGCGAGGUCCUGGCCCCCUCCCCAGAGGCUGGAUGCAGACCAGCCACCUCGACCUCUGGCCGCUGUGGCCUCCUCUGGCGUCUACGAGACAAGCAGGCUCGCCUUGGCCUGUUUGAGAUCGGCCCGGGGCAUGAGCUGCACCAGCUGACAUGUAUGAUGCAGGCAGGGCUGUGGGCUGCCACUCAGGUCUCCAUGGACCACCCACCCACAGGACCACCCACCGAGGAGGAUUUCUCUGAGGUCCUGACCCAGGUUCAUGAGGGCUUCGAGCUGGGCACCCUGGCCGGCCCGGCCUUCGCCUGGCUACGCCACUCCCUAGGCCUGGCUGAGGGAGACUAUCAGGCGGCAUUAGGCCCAGGUGGCCCCUACCUGCAGUUCCUCAGCACCUCCAAGAGCAAGGCCAGCUUCUUCCUGUCCCACGAUCAACGCUUCUUCCUGAAGACCCAGCGCCGCCGGGAGGUGCGGGCGCUGCUCACCCACCUGCCCCGCUACGUGCAGCACCUGCAGCGGCACCCGCACUCGCUGCUUGCGCGGUUGCUGGGAGUGCACAGUCUGCGGGUGGCUCGGGGAAAGAAGAAAUUCUUCAUCAUCAUGCAGAGCGUCUUCUAUCCCGCCGGCCGCAUCUCUGAGAGGUAUGAUAUAAAGGGCUGUGAGGUGAGCCGAUGGGUGGAGCCAGCCCCUGAGGGUAGCCCUCUUGUCCUCGUGCUGAAGGACCUCAACUUUCAAGGCAAGACCAUCGACCUGGGGCCCCAGCGGAGCUGGCUCCUCCACCAGAUGGAACUGGACACCGCCUUCCUCCGGGAGCUCAACGUGCUGGAUUACAGCCUUCUGAUGGCCUUCCAGCGCCUCCACGAGGAUGAGAGGGGCCCGGGCAGCAGCCUCCUCUUCCGCACGGCCAGGUCUGUGCGAGGGGUACAGAGCCCGGAGGAGCCGGGAUCCCAGAACCGCCGGCUGCUGCCCGACUCCCCCAACGCCUUACACAUCCUGGACGGGCCGGAGCAACGCUAUUUCCUGGGCCUCGUGGAUCUCGCUACGGUCUACGGGCUCCGCAAGCGGCUGGAGCAUUUAUGGAAGACGCUGCGCUACCCAGGUCGGACCUUCUCCACCGUCAGCCCCGCUCGCUACGCCCGUCGCCUCUGCCAGUGGGUGGAGGCUCAUACCGAGUGACC